CACAUUCAAUUUGUCCGUUGUCAACCGUGUAUGCCUGUGUGCCUGUGUGUCAAUUUAAAUUCAUUUUUUGUCAAUUUUUUUUUUCAUUUGUUGAGAAUUUAAAAUUUAAAACUUCAAAAAUGGUUGAUCAAGCUGUCAUCGAUAAAUUGGAAGCUGGCUUUCAAAAAUUACAAUCAUCAGCUGAAUGUCAUUCAUUGUUGAAAAAAUAUUUGACACGUAAUGUAUUGGAUGCAUGUAAAGGUCGUAAAACCGGCAUGGGUGCAACAUUGGUCGAUGUUGUUCAAUCAGGUUUCGAAAAUUUAGACAGUGGUGUUGGACUCUAUGCACCGGAUGCUGAAUCGUAUACUUUAUUCAAAGAAUUAUUCGAUCCAGUCAUUGAAGAUUAUCAUAAAGGUUUCAAACCAACGGAUAAACAUCCACAAACAGAUUUUGGUGAUGUUAACACUUUGUGUAAUGUGGAUCCAAAUAAUGAAUUUGUCAUUUCAACACGUGUACGUUGUGGCCGAUCAUUGCAAGGUUAUCCAUUUAAUCCAUGCUUGACCGAAGCUCAAUACAAAGAAAUGGAAGAAAAAGUUAAAGGCCAAUUGAAUAGCUUUGAAGGUGAAUUAAAAGGAACGUAUUAUCCAUUAUUGGGAAUGGAUAAAGCAACACAACAACAAUUGAUCGAUGAUCAUUUCUUGUUCAAGGAAGGUGAUCGAUUCUUACAGGCUGCAAAUGCAUGUCGUUUCUGGCCAGUUGGUCGUGGUAUUUUCCACAAUGAUAAUAAAACAUUUUUGAUCUGGGUCAAUGAAGAAGAUCAUUUGCGUAUUAUUUCAAUGCAAAAAGGUGGUGAUUUGAAACAGGUGUUCAGCCGAUUGAUUAAUGGCGUCAAUCAUAUUGAAAAGAAAUUGCCAUUCUCAAGAGAUGAUCGUCUUGGUUUUCUUACAUUUUGUCCAACUAAUUUGGGUACCACUAUUCGUGCAUCGGUACAUAUUAAAUUGCCAAAAUUGGCUGCUGAUCGCAAAAAAUUGGAAGAAGUUGCCGGUAAAUAUAAUCUACAAGUACGUGGUACUGCCGGUGAACACACCGAAAGUGUUGGCGGUGUUUACGAUAUCAGUAAUAAACGUCGUAUGGGUCUUACUGAAUAUCAGGCCGUCAAAGAGAUGCAAGAUGGUAUUCUUGAAUUGAUUAAAAUUGAAAAAUCUAUGUAAAUCCAAUCAAGAAAAAUGGCAAAAUUUCACCAGAAUUUAAAUCAACAAGAAAAAAUUCGAAUAUUUAAAAUUUUAAAACUGGAUGAGAUUUCAUAGCCACACCAAAAAAAUUCGAGUCACACACACCAAACAUUGGCAUAUAUUUUUCCUCACAAUUUUACCAAAAAAAAAAAAAUUCAAGCAAAAAUUAUUUUAGCAAGUUUUUUUUGUCUGUUGUUUAAACUGCCAAAAAUCAAUGUAAUGGAUUAAUUUGAAUUAAAAAAAUAAAAAGUUAUGAAAAGAAAAAAAAUGAUAAAUUCUCAGA